UCCUUCGUGCCCUCGCGCAGGUAAGCGUGUGGUGAGUUUCCUCACCUGGCUCAGUAUACACAGGCUGUAGUAAAACGGGUUUCUUUUGAAAUGCUACGCGAAUUAAAAAACGGACAAAAGCGCUAAAAAGAAUGGCAGGAGAUGGGAAUAAACAGAACCCAAACUCUUUGGACAUGGAACCUGACUUUGGGGGGUUAGGACGAUGUUCCGGUGCAUUUUGGCUUGCCGUUGCCUUUGACAUAUUUGGUUUGGUCAUUCUUCUUCUUGGUGUCUUUCUUGAUGUAUUUUUCUACGACUUUCUCAUUUAUGCUGGAGCAAUCAUUAUCUUCCUAAGUCUUAUAUGGUGGGUGUUUUGGUAUACGGGAAACAUCGAGGUCGCACCGGAGGACCUGGAGGAUGACAUUGGCUUGUUGAAGAAGAAAGGGUUGGCAGGCGUUGUGAGGCGACUCUCCAGUCGUCUCACAAAUGGAAUAGGUCGGUCUUUCAGGAGGAACGGCGGGGCAGCUCAAAGCCACACCGGUGCAACUAUGACAAGAACUGGCCACUCAACUCUAGCCCGAACGGUCCCAGUGGCAGUCCCAAUGGGCUCCGAAGAAAACGUGCACACUGUAUCUGCAGCAAUUGAAGGAGAACCACCUGUGCUAGAUAUUACAACGGAAACAUCAGCCAUAUGAGGUCCUUAUGCCAUUCGCCUGUUAUUUUAAGACAAGGUUGACGACACAGAACUGUUUUAUUUAAGUGAGAUGACUUCUGACCCUCCACUUGAAUUUUGUGAGAUGUUUACGAUUUUUUUAAAA